AUGGUCAGUUCUUCUGCCGGAAACCUGCUGGUUAGUGCACUAUUCAACUUUCAAAGCCUGCUCUCGGUUCUGCUAUUAUUGAUUUGCACCUGUACAUAUCUGCGUUCGCUCUUUCCCAGCAUUGUGGACCGGAAUAAAAAAGGUAUGCUCGGUCUGUUCUGGAAGUUUGCGCGAGUUGGCGAAAGGAAAUCUCCGUACGUUUCUCUAGCGUGCCUCGUGAUGGCUGUUUCUAUAUUAUUCUGGACUUAA